AUGGCUUCUUCUUCUUCUCCACUAUGUCAUCAUUGGAGAUACCAAGUCUUUCCGAGCUUCUGUGGAGUAGACGUCCGCAAAACAUUUCUCGCCCACCUUCUCAGGGGUCUAGAAAGAAAGGCAAUCCAAACAUUCAUAGACAACGGUAUAGAGAGGAGCGAGUUGAUCGGUCCUGAGCUAAUCAGGGCAAUAUCAAAAUCGAGGAUUGCGAUCGUCGUGCUCUCUAAGAACUACGCUUCUUCAAGCUGGUGCCUGAACGAAUUGGUAGAGAUAUUGAGGUGUCGGGAAACGGUAGGUCAAACGGUGAUGACCAUUUUUUAUGAUAUAGAUCCAUCUGAUGUCAGAAAACAGGAAGGAGAUUUCGGAGAAGCUUUCCAUAAAGCUUGCCAUGGAAAAUCAGAAGAGGAGAAGCAUAAAUGGAGGCUUGCUUUAACCGUUGUGGCGGAUAUAGCUGGUGAACAUACAAGACAAUGGGUUGAUGAACCAUCCAUGAUCGAAAAGAUUGCGGAAGAUGUUCUGAACAAGCUGAACUCUACGCCUUCAAAGGAUUUUGAUUACUUAGUUGGAAUGAAAGCUCACAUGAGGGAGAUGAUCUCAUUAUUAUACUUGGAAUCGAGUGAAGUGAGGAUGGUAGGGAUAUGCGGUCCUGCAGGAAUUGGUAAGACUACGAUCGCCAGGGCUUUGUACAAUCAACUCGCUGGAAGAUUUCAACUUAGUCAUUUCAUGGAGAAUGUUAAAGGGUGUUACGGGAAACCCGGUCUUGAUAAUUACGGAUCCAAACUGAAUUUGCAGCAAAAACUGCUCUCUGAGAUGCUAGAUUAUAAGGGAAUGAAGAUAAAUCACCUAGGUGGAAUCAAAGAAAGGCUGGGGGUCAUGAAGAUCCUCAUUGUUCUUGAUGAUGUAGAUGGCGCUGAGCAACUUAACGCAUUGGCAAGACAUCCGUCCUGGUUCGGUCCCGGGAGUAGGAUAAUAGUAACGUCAGAAGAUAAAGAAGUUGUGAGAACACAUGGGAUCCAGGACUUGUACGAGGUGGACUUCCCCUCUGAAGAGAAAGCUGUGGGGAUAUUCUGCCAACACGCUUUUACAGACAAGGUUCUGCCUCCUGAUUUUGUUGAACUUACCAUUGAAGCUGUGAAGCUCGCCGGUUAUCUUCCCUCUUGUAUCUGUGUUUUGGGAUCAGUUUUGCGUGGAAAGGUCAAGAAAGAGUGGGUUGCUAUACUCUCCAGGGUCAGAACCAGCAUCAACGGAAAGUUCGAGAAUAUAUUAAGACAUAGACAAAGAUACGAUGCAUUACAUGAAGAUGACAAAGCUUUAUUCCUUCACAUUGCAUGUUUAAAGGUUGAUCGUUUGAAGCGGUUGCUUGCAAACACUGGUUUAGACGUUAGUUUUGGACUUACACGUCUAGUGGACAAGUCUCUCAUACAUAUAUCAAGACAGAAUUGCAUUGGGAUGCACUAUUUGCUACAACAAGUUGGUAUAGAAGCUGUCCGAAACCAGUUCCUUCAUGAGCCAGGAAAACGCCAGUUUCUGGUUGAAGCAAAGGAAAUUCAUGACGUGCUCACGUUUAAUACGGGCACUGGAGGUGUUAUAGGCAUAUCUUUGAAUACAUCCGAGUUAAACUGUGACUUAUCCAUAAAUGAUCAUACCUUUGAAACUCUUCCAAAUCUCCAAUUUCUGAAAGUUAUCAAGAAGGAAAAUGACAAAAGAGUAAGGGUCCAUUUACCCCCAAAGCCUCCAAGAUCUGCCACCUAA